AGGAGGAGGAGAAACAAAGAGGGCUGAGGAGAUUUGUGCAAAAAUGGAAAAGGAGUGAAAACGAAACGGAAAAAUGAUGAGGAUUUAACCGACGGAGGGGCCGUUUCUUCUUCUUCUUCUUCUUUACCCGUCAGAGAGUCGGAGCCAUCAUGUCUGAGGAGGCUGCAGGAGCAGAGGGAGGCUCGCAGGAGGAGGAGCAGGCAGGAGGAGGAGGAGCUGGAGGAGAAGCAGGUGAACAGGGAAAACGAAGAGGAGGGGUCCCCUUGGAAACCCCAAACGCCCCUGUGUACUGCAUCUGCAGGAGACCGGACAUCAACUGCUUCAUGAUAGGGUGCGACAGCUGCACCGAGUGGUUCCAUGGAGACUGUAUCGGGGUGUCAGAGCGAGCAGCCAAGUCCAUCAGAGUGUGGUACUGCCCGUCCUGCAGAGACUCAGAUCCAUCUCUGGAGAUUAAAUAUCGUCUGAAGAAGUUGAAGGAGAAGGAGGAUAAAGAGUCGGAGACAGAGAGGGAGGACAAACAUGACGGGGACGGAAGCUCCACCCCCCAGCCAAAGACUGACAGGAGGCGGGGCUCUCAGAUAAAGCGUUCAGCGCGGAUGUGUGGCGAGUGUGACGCCUGUCUGAGGACGGAGGACUGCGCUCAGUGCGACUUCUGCAAAGACAUGAAGAAGUUUGGAGGGCCGAAUAAAAUCAGACAGAAGUGUCGACUCAGACAGUGCGAGGUCCGAGCACGGAAGAUGCUCCGUGUCAAAGACGAGGAGAUUGCUCGCAGCAGCAGCAGGGGGCGUGUCCUUUCCAGGAGGGGGGCGGGGCAUCACACAGAGGAGGAAGAGGACGAUGAAGAGGAAGAAGGAGCGUUCAGUGAGAGCGAGCUGGAGCUGUACGAGCAGUACAAAGCUGCCGGAUACAGCGACCUGGUGUGGCACAGCGAGGAGGAAGACACUCAGUCGGAUUCUCUGAGGAAAAAGGCGGUCAAAGUGAAACACGUCAAGAGGCGAGAGAAGAAGCCGGAAAAGAAGAAGUCCGUCUCUGUUCCCAAAGAGGAGGCGAAGCCCCGCCGCCACAAAGCCAAGCAGCGUCACAGAGAGCGUGUGCGGCACAGCGAGCGUGGAGGCGACGGUGGAGUGAAGGACGUGAGCGGAGCCAUGAGGCAGUGUCUGGGACCAGGAUGUGUCCAGCCGGCGAGGUCCAGCUCCAAAUACUGCUCCGAGGACUGCGGCAUGAAGCUCGCCGCCAAUCGUAUCUACGAGAUCCUCCCUCAGAGGAUCCAGCAGUGGCAGCAGAGUCCGUGCGUUGCUGAGGAGAUGGGGCGGAGACAGCUGGAGCGAAUCAGGAAGGAGCAGCAGGCGGCGAGACUCCGCCUCACGCAGAUGGAGAAACGAUUCCACGAGCUGGAAGGAAUCAUCGCCAACGCCAAACUGCAGCAGGUCCAGCAAGACGAGGAGGUGACUGAAGGUGACGGCGACGACACGGACCUUCAGAUCUUCUGUGUCUCCUGCAGUCAUCCUGUUAACCCAAAGGUGGCGCUGAGACACAUGGAGAGAUGCUAUGCUAAGUAUGAGAGUCAGACGUCGUUUGGCUCAAUGUACCCGACACGGAUAGAGGGGGCGACCCGCCUCUUCUGUGACGUGUACAACCCUCAGAGUAAGACGUACUGUAAGCGUCUGCAGGUCCUGUGUCCUGAACACUCCAGAGACCCAAAGGUCCCAGCAGACGAGGUGUGCGGCUGUCCUCUGGUCAAAGACGUGUUUGAGCCGACCGGAGAGUUCUGCCGCGUCUCUAAGAGGAAGUGUAACAAACAUUACUGCUGGGAGAAGCUCCGCCGCGCCGAGGUCGACCUGGAGAGAGUCCGAGUGUGGUACAAGCUGGACGAGUUGUUCGAGCAGGAGAGGAAUCUGAGGACAGCGAUGACGAACCGAGCCGGGUUAUUGGCUCUGAUGCUGCACCAGACCAUCCAACACGACCCAAUCACAACCGACCUGCGCUCCGCCAAAGACAGGUAGACGGACAGGUGGAGGCUUAGCGACAUGUUUGGAGGUGUAUAAAGUUUCUGGAUGGAUUUAAAGAGUAACUAAACCCAGACUUCAGCUGAGGUUCAUCUACACUGGAUUACAAAAAAAAAAAAAAAAAGACUUUACAAGGUCAUUGAGGGAGGGCGAUAAGACACGCCCACUCCCCCCUUCCUAGUGUCCCUUAUCAGCCACAACAUCAUUCAGUCUAUGCUGCAGGAUAUAUGGUCAUGGAGAGGACACUAUUUCACAUGUAAUCAAGAAAAACAGUUCUAAACAACAGCACUACAUUACCCAUAAUCCUAGAGUGUCACAGGGACAUCUCUGAUUGGCUGAGCUGUGAAUUUCAGCUGUGGGCUGCUACUAGUGAAGUUAACAGUCAGGGAAAAUGGGCGGUAACUGAUGAGCUUUGUGGGGACGACAGAUGGCGCCACUUACAGAUGGAAAUUUUCCAAAAACAUUGAUCGCCGUGGACCGUUUCAUCCUGUAGAGGGCAGUCACUACACUCUCUUUCUUAAAACAAAAUAAAGAAUUUAAAUACUUCUUACUCAGAUGUCACAGUUUGGAGCCUAACUGAUGAAGAAGACUACUUAAUCUUCAUCUACUUCAUAUAAAGUGGUCUUAGGGUUUAGUUACUCUUUAAGGUUUGUUUUAUAUCAAAUGUCUGAAUAUUUUUGUCUGAGAUUUUAAACCAACAGAAUGCAUUGUGGGAAACUGAGGCAGCUCACAUUAACAUGUUAUAUUCACCAAGGAAGCACUGAUGGACCCCUCAGUACAUUUACAUGCUGGACUUUUAAAUAACAGGUAAACACGUCAGUUUGGCUGAAAUCAGGCUAAAGUUAAUUUCUUAAAGUUUAACUAACCCGGCUGGAUUAUCUGGGAGGAAAUUGAUUCUCUUGAUCUCAAUCUCUAGAUCAGUUCAGGACCUCAGUCAGACCAAAACUGGACUGUUCAUUCUGUGCACGCUCCAGGCUCCUGCAGGCUAGCAUGCAUUGCUUUUGCACCAACAGUAGAGUGCAUAUGAAAUACACAGAACUGUGAAGUUGUUUCUAUUUUUAUCGUCAGAAAUCCCACUUGUUAGCACUUUCAGACAUGUUCCAUCAUAAACAGAUUCUCUUUUGGUGCUUUUAUACUGGGACAAGGACAGACAUCCAGCUAAAUACCCUGAUGGACCUCAGCUUAACUGUGCAUGUAAACGUACCGAGUGUUGGAAAAACACGUCAUUAAAUAUGAGACACGGAUGACCAAUGAUGAUGACAUAUUUCCUCGUUAUUAUUCAGAAAGGAUUAGAAACUGGUAUAAGAGGAGUGAUACUCAACAUGCAGCCAGAUAACCUUAAAUAAAGGUAACUUUGACCUCAGAAUUACAAGUCACAUUAAUCAGUUUGUUUCCCACAGUCAUAAAGCUGGCUUUAAUUGUCAGCUUUUACAUUUGUCUGUAUGUUUCCAUUGCCCUUAUUUGCAAGUUUUUUGCCAAUUUUAAUCCAUUUUUACUGCUUUAAGCCCACUUUUGUUACUUCUUUUUGCCCAGUUUUUGACUCUUUUAUCCUGCUUUUUACUAU